UGUUCGACAAUUAAAACAUUUUUAAAAUUCCGAUAAUAGAAAAAUUCGCUAUAAAAAAUAUUUUUUACGCAAAUAUUCGAUAUAAUUUUUUUCGAAUAACAAUUAUAAUUAGCCAAACGAACUCUAGCGACAAGUUCAUUCGAUUAUUAAUUUUCGUAAUUAGCAUAAAAAUAGUCCAAAAAUCUGGCAGUUCGAGUUAUCUUCUGGCAAGAACGCGACCUUUAAUCCUUGGUAAUCAAAGUUUAAACGGAAAUAAUAUAGAAUAAAAUUCAAUUUCGGCAUUAUUAUUGUAAUUCCGAAAUGUAAAUUAUUCAUUAAACGACGCAUAAAUCCAGCACGAGACGAAGAACGCGGAACUGAACAUCGAACGAAAGAUGGUGACUCGGUCGAAAAACGAAAAGUGAAAGGAUAACGAAUAUGCAAAGUUUGCGGAAAAAGCAGGAAGAGGCUGAAAUCCGGACAGCGAAUGUUACUUAAUUGAAGAUAAUUCUUUUCAGGAAGACGAGUGGAUCUGGCCGAAAACAAUCCGGAAACGCAAGAAAAUGUCGAAAUCCGGGUUCGAUGCACUAACCGCAUCCGAACGCUUUCGAAUGGAAAUAUCGAAGGAGGACGAACGAUCGAGUCGAAGCCGAUAAACGUCUUUUAGACAUUUUCGGCACGGGGAAAGACGAGAAAUUCCCCAGGCGCGCCGACUGUCCCCGGACGUCCAUUAAUAAUCGGCGUGUCAUCCGUCUGAUAGUCGAACGUGUGAAUGCGCGAGGGGGCUGCACUCGGUUCCGGGAUCAACCGAACGCUGACUCAACCCGCAGGGAUGCAACUCUCUACCCCCCUCUAGCCUCUAACAGGAAUCCCUUCGCAUUUCGCAUUAGUCCUCCGCUCGUCCUUCCAACUUCUUUCCCGGGUGGCCAUUGGCUCGCGCCGGCAGUGACAUCUAAUAGCCAUUGCCGUCCUCGACGUCACGGCGGAUCUGGUCUUUUUCUCUUGCGUCACGGCGUCGAUCCGAGAAACUCGGCUUUCGCCUAUUCGAGUGGCGACCGCUCUUAGCUUCUGGGCUCCCGGGGGGAGAAGAGGCACGCGGCUAUUGUUCUUCGGCUUUCUUUCCAAUUUUAAAAAUUCUUUUAAUGACGCCGCCGCGAAAAACGGCCCGUCGACGAAACGCGCGCCAUAUUUUAUAACCGUUUGCAGGGAAAAAACUGCGUGUUCAGCGGAAAAGAUUUUGUUUAUCUUUGCAAAAUUUAACAGGUUUCGAUUAGUGGUAGAAGGAUAGAAAUCGCGUUUUGGCGACGCGUACGCGUUCUGCCGAAAAGCGUGCCGGAAGGCGUAGAAUCGUCCUCGAUCUGGGAACUUACGUAAUGGUUACGGAGGCGAAAGAAAAUGCACGAUUCUGGGCUCGAGGACUUUUCGAGAAACGGUAAAAUAAUUUGGAUGUCCACGCGCGGUGUGUUUUGUGAUCGUGCAGCAGAAGAAAAAGAACAAAGGCGUCGCGGGGUCUGAUAGUUUCGUGCCCCGAUGGUGCCCUCCCACACAACCUUACCCGACCGGAGAAAGAGGGGGAAGAAAGGUCGCGACCCCAGAUCCACACGCUCCCGGAAAUGUUGUCACGAGUGAACGUGAUACCGUGAGGAGAAAACUUUCACUUACCCGGAUAUUCUUGUCACAUGACGUCACUCCGGGCGACAUUUCGCGUGGUAAACACGUUAGGUCGUCGUCGGCAGCAAAUUUCUCGCUACCAGAAAUUCGAUCGACGCUCGAUUCCAGUUCGAUUUUAAAAUCGAACGUUAGAAUUUUUUUUUCUUUUUUUUGAAAAUUCGCAUAAUUAUUUCUCGGUGGUUAGAAAAUGCGCUUCUUUUAUUAUAGCUGGUGCCUUUGGCGUAUCCGGUCUUCUUCCAUAUACGAUUAAGAGAGAAAAGAUAAAGAGAGUCGAUUCCCAUUUUUGGAAUUCGACCAUCUUCAAAAAAUUUCUUUUGAUUGGUGCGCCGAGUAGAAGCUAGCUUAUGGCGCCAAUCUGCGCAGUCCGAAAAGAAGCUCAUCUGUACCACGUGACCCAGGUGUGGGACGUGGUUGCGCCGCUGCAGAAUAGAAGCGGCAUUCUAUUCGCAACAUUCUCGACAUGGGUUCUAUUGUCGUUUUGGCCACGAUAACCAUCGUUAAAGGAAAUGUCGUGUCCCGCGAUUUGACUUCCGAGAAUUUCGACGUGUAUUCUCCCGCCGCCACUUUGAAUUUGGCCAUAACCUCGCCCCCCUUCUUGGCUUUCGACUGCGGAAAACGCCCGGACGGAUCUUAUCCCGAUUAUCGUUCGGGAUGCAAGUAUUUUUACGUGUGUAAAAACGGGAGGGUCUCUCGUUUCUGGUGCAACGACGGGGAAAUCUACGAUCCGGCUCUCUCCUACUGCGUUUCUGAUCGAGUGGGAAAAUGUAGCAAUUCUACGGAGAGGAAAGAGAAGUCGAGGACCAGAUGCCGUUUCCACGGAGUUUAUCCCGAUUACGAAAACGGUUGCCGAUCUUUCUUCUUCUGUAAAGAAGGAGUCGAAACCCGUCUGAAUUGUCCUCCCGAAACCAAGUUCGAUUGGAGAAGAGGCGUUUGUGUCGACGGCCGACGAGUGUCCUGCGCGACUCUGAAUUGUCAAGGUAAGACCGACGGAACGUACGAAGACGCGGAAGGAGGAUGCCGAAGAUAUUACACUUGCGAAGGAGGAAUUAAAAGUGAAUUUCUCUGUCCUCCGGGACAGAUCUACGACCGGAGAUUUUCUUCUUGCUCGAGUAUCGUCGAAGGUGCCAGAUGCGCCGAUCUGUCUUUCCAUUGCGCCGGAUUACCCGACGGAUAUUAUCCGGAUUACGGAGACGAGUGUCGCACCUUUUACCUGUGCAUCGGAGGACGUUCCAAAUCUUUUCACUGUCCUCCUGGAUUGGCUUUCGACCGGGAGAUGUUAUCCUGCGACUUUUCCUACAGAGUCGUUUGCCGGCGGACGGAUAUUUGCAGGGAGCGCGAAGACGGAAUCGCGCCCGAUUUCGACCGGGACUGCAGGGAAUUCGCCGUGUGCGAAAACGGAACGGCCGUCCGUUCGGGUGUCUGUCCUCAGGGGAAAGUUCUCGAUCCCGGUGCUUUAGUAUGUCGGCCGCGUUCCAUGUCGUCGUGCCGACCGGUCGGAGACGCGCAGUGUCGAAAUAAGGGAGACGGAGUGUACGGAGACGUCGAUUCCGGAUGUGGCGCUUAUUAUCUGUGCCUGAGAGGUAGAGUUUCUGUGACUUCCUUCUGUCCGGAGGGAACCGCGUUUCAUCGCUCUGUAGGUAAAUGCCUCUCUUCGUCUCUGGUGGCUUGCGGCGAUUCUCGUCCUUCUGUCUCCCUCCCGAACGCGUGCGAAGGAAGGGUAGGACUCUUUCCGGAUUUCCAGUCGGAAUGCCGCAACUAUCACGUCUGCGCGUUCGGCAUGGCAGAUACCUUGGCGUGCGGCGCGGGUCUGGUUUUCGACAAUCGAUCCGGGAAGUGCGUUCCCGUGGGCUCGGCCGAUUGCACUCCUCCCACCGUCCUGGCCACCUUCGAAUGCCCUCUGGAAGAAGAAGAUCGCUAUCCGGAAUCCGGGGACGGAUGCGCCCUCUACCACGAAUGUUGGCGGGGAAAGGGCGCCACCUAUCGGUGCCCUUCCGGACAUAUUGACCGGUCGACCAAGCGACGCUGCCACGUUUCGGACCGGGUGUGCCCCGGCGACCUCCCCAAGCGCCGAUCUGCCACCGUCUCGCGCGUCAUCCAGUGGCAGUUCGAAUGCGGCGGCCGAGAAAACGGCGUCUUCGUCUCGGACCAGUGCGGGGUCUUCCACGUGUGCGCCGAAGGCAAAGUCUUCUCCUACGUCUGUCCCCCGGGCAGAAUUUUCGACGUCGGAUCGUCUCGGUGUCGACCGGGAACGUGCGGUCGAUCGGACUCGGCUCCUUGGUUCGCCGAGGCGGGAAGCUUCGAUUGCCAGGGGAGGAAAGACGGGAUGUACCCUGAUCCCUCCACUUACUGUCGCAGGUAUUUCGUCUGCGAGGGGGGAAAGGCCUCGGCCGCCUACUGUCGCGAGGGAGAAGUCUUUGACGAGAGGAUCGUCACUUGCGUCGACGCUUCCGACGCCAACUGCAGUGCCGUCGAUUCUGCCAAUCGGAUCGAACCGUCCGAAAAGAUUGCGGUUCGAGCGCAGAAGCCCGAAACUCCGUCCUCGUCUUUCCGCUGCCCAGCGGGAGCCACGGGAUUUUUCCCGGAUUACCAGAGCGGAUGUCGCAAGUUCCACAUCUGCUUCCGGCGCCUGAGGAAGAGCUACACCUGCCCCAGCGUUCUGCUCUUCAACCCCGCCACCAAAAGCUGCGAUCUUCCGGAAAACGUCAGAUGCGGCCCGGGAGAGCGCGUCCCCGACGUCCCCGACUGCGGCGGGAGAACGGGAGACUGCCGCGGAUACACGGCCUGCGCCGGCGACGGUCCCGCGGCUUCCGACUGUCCCCCCGGUGGUUGCCGGAAGCGCGUCCCCUGCCGGAAAGAGACGGCGCGCGCCGGCAACGUACACGCGCACGGCAUGCCCGACAGAUACGCCUUCACCUGCGCCGACAAACCCGACGGUUUCUAUCCGGACUACGCGCGGGACUGUCACGUCUUCUACCGAUGCGUCAGAGGGAAGAAGUUCUCUCAUUAUUGUAAACAGGGCCUCCUGUUCGACCCGGCCACCGGCAUCUGCCAGUUCGAACAGACUGUGGACUGCUCGCCGCCCCCUUCGGUGGAAGUCACCUAAAAGGGCCUCGACCUCCCGUUUCUUUAUUUAUUAUUGGUCAGCCGCGGGCCGAGGAGCGGAGGACGGUCGAAGGACGCGCAAUAUUCCCGCGUCCGGGUGUUGCGCCGUUCCCGGAUGCGGACGCGGCCGCGGAAUACAAAAUC